CGAAAAAAUCGUCUCGAAUCUCCGAAUUUCCGCGGAACUGGCGGCAUUGAAAUCACCGAAACCGCCUUCGCUAGAAACGCCGUUCGAUUUUGCACACUUUCCCAUCCUCUCCGUUGCGUCCUGCGACAGGCAGGAGGAGAUCUUUUCCGUGCGAUCGCCGCGGAACGGACCCGACUUGUCCGUUUCCAUUCCAUUGUUGUUUCGGUUUCAGUUCGAGCCGAGUUUUGAUCGAAAGCCGUCGCGUCUUCGCGUGCUCAACGCGUAAUUUCGACGCGUUAUAACAAUUCGAAUCGAAUAUUAUUUGGUUAUUGUUUGUUGUUGUGCGAGAUUUUUGGGAUUUUUUUGUUGCGACGAUGUUGUAAAGAUUCUAUACCUAGUAAUAAACCUCUAUUAAUACUAAAAACAAAUUCUCGACCAUGAUAAUACGAGUAGGUUAUAAUUGACAACAUGAAAAUCAAACAUUACCCCGGCAAAGCUGUGGUUUCCUAUCCGGUUUGGUGUGAAAAUGACGCCUCUAACAAGAGGAACAAAUACGAGGCCAAUUGGAAGGAUGCUCAGAACUCGCUGUCGAAUCACAGCUCAGCUUCCAACUCUUGGGACAAGUACAGUCACAAGAGUACCGACGGUUUCGGUACGGUAUCGUCGAGACUGGGCCAGUACCAAAGCGUUUUGGAAGAAAUCAAGAAAGACAACGAAGACAACUUCAAACCAGCUAGCAAUAAAGGCAGUCUUAGACUAAAAUACCACAGCGACAAAUGUUUAUCAAGGAUCAACGCUAAGAAUAUGACCAAUAUAGAUGAGGAGCUGGCGAAAUAUUUCGUACCUACUAAUAAAAAACGAGCGGAAACAGACGUGAUAAUACCACCCGUACCGAAACCUCGGAAGAAAUUAUUAGCGAUCCAACACCAGGAAAAUUUAGAAGACAUCGAAAAGCAACUGAAGAAAACCGUGAGAUUCGACGAAGUUUGCACGGAAAUAACCGAAGAAAACGACGAAGCGACGCAAGAAAGAGUCAACACUUGGAUAGACGAUCAGAACAAAUACCUCCUAUCGUCGGAAACCGAAAAGAAGAAACCGAUCAAACGAACCGACAGCGGCUACUACGAACAUUACGAGAAACCCAGACAACGAUUGCCGCCUAAGCACAUUUACUCGUCGUCAUCGUCAUCUUCAUCGUCGAUGUCUUCGUGCUCGUUCGACACCAAGACCUCAUCAUCGGGCUCGCCGGAGGAAGAUUACAGCGAGAUGUACAGCUUGUACAAAGACGGCUCGUCGCCCAAACGCAAACUCAUCGUGAUACCCCAAGCCUCCUUGCAGCCCCAGCGGUCGCAGCGCCAUUGCGACAACGAUUUUCUGAUACCACGGCCGAAAUUGAUCGUGCCCGUGCACACUUACGCCGUGAGAAAACGUCGGACCGGUAACGUGAUGUCGGAGUGCGUGGAUUCCCCUUCGGAUACUGUCGAAGAGAAGGAUCUUCGUUUGGCCGAUAAGCCGAAAGAUGGAAAAGUAGAAGUAUCCAGGGAAAAUAAAAUCUUGCAUCAUCUGGAUUCCGGAAAAGUUCUCGGCGAAUUGGCCAUUUUGUACAACUGCCAGAGAACCGCUACUAUUAAAGCCCAUACGGAUUGUAAGCUAUGGGCCAUAGAAAGACAAUGUUUCCAAACCAUCAUGAUGAGAACGGGUCUCAUCAGGCAAGCGGAAUACACCGACUUUUUGAAGAGCGUGCCAAUUUUCAAAACCUUACCGGAAGACACACUCAUCAAAAUCUCCGAUGUUUUGGAAGAAACCGUCUACGCCAACGGCGAUUACAUCAUCAGGCAGGGCGCCAGGGGCGACACGUUCUUCAUCAUCAGCAGGGGCAAGGUGAAGGUGACGAUGAAAAAACCGAACAGCGCCAAAGAGGAGUUCAUCAGGACGCUGGGAAAGGGCGACUUCUUCGGCGAAAAGGCCCUGCAAGGGGAUGAUUUAAGAACAGCCAACGUGAUAGUGGACGAUCCCGAAGGGGUUACGACGCUCGUCAUCGACAGAGAAACGUUCAAUCAAUUGAUAUCAGAUUUGGACGAAAUCAGGACUAAAUACAAAGAUGAUAAUUUGGAAAAGAGGAGAGUGGACUCGGUGUUCGAAAACGUGACGCUCUCGGAUCUGUCGGUAUUGACGACGCUGGGCGUCGGCGGUUUCGGGCGGGUGGAAUUGGUGCAAAUCAAGGGCCGCCCGUCGAAAUCGUACGCCCUGAAGCAGAUGAAGAAGGCCCAAAUCGUGGAGACGCGCCAACAGCAGCACAUCAUGUCCGAGAAAGAGAUCAUGGGCGAGGCGAAUUGCGAUUUCAUCGUUAAGCUGUUCAAAACCUUCAAGGACGCCAAAUAUCUCUACAUGCUGAUGGAGAGCUGCCUGGGCGGCGAGUUGUGGACGGUUUUGCGGGACAAAGGACAUUUCGAUGACGCAACAACGAAAUUCUACACGGCUUGCGUGGUACUGGCGUUCGACUAUUUGCAUUCGAGGAACAUCAUCUACAGGGAUUUGAAGCCGGAAAACCUGCUAUUGGACAAUUCCGGUUACGUGAAGCUGGUGGAUUUCGGGUUCGCGAAGAAACUUCAAACGGGAAGGAAGACGUGGACGUUCUGCGGCACGCCCGAAUACGUCGCGCCCGAGGUGAUUUUGAACAAAGGGCACGACAUCAGCGCCGACUAUUGGUCGUUGGGCGUGCUGAUGUUCGAAUUGUUGACGGGCACACCGCCGUUUACCGGAUCGGAUCCGAUGAGAACAUACAACAUCAUCCUGAAAGGUAUCGAUCAGAUCGAUUUCCCUAGGUCUAUAACGAGAAACGCGCAAGCGCUGAUCAAGCGAUUGUGCAGAGAUAACCCUGCGGAGCGUCUCGGUUACCAGAAAGGCGGAAUAAGCGAUAUACAAAAGCACAAGUGGUUCGAUGGUUUCAAUUGGGAAGGACUGGUCAAUCGAACGUUAUCGCCUCCGAUUUUACCGAGGGUGCAAAACGUUACGGAUACAUCUAAUUUCGACAAAUACCCUCGUGAUACGGAAGCCCUGCCUCCGGACGAUAUAUCCGGAUGGGACGUACAUUUUUAGACUACUUAAUGUUUUUUUAAUUCGUAAGUUGUGAAUAUAGCACUCGAAGUUUGUUAAAUGUUAAACGAAAGUUCAUCGCUUUUGUUUAAUAUUAAAUAAACAGCUCUGUGAGAUUUAUAUGUUAUUACGAUAUAUUUAAACGGAUAUUUUCUAACGACACGUCGUUAGAAAUGUUGUAUUUUAACAAGGUUGAUGAAACUUCAAGUGCCUUAAGUAGAAUCGUAUUUGUGAAGUUAAUUUUUUUGAAAUUUUAUAUUGUUACAUCUGAUUAUCAAAUUUAUGUUUUCAGUUUAUACAUUAUUUUUAUACUGUAAAUUAUUAUGAAAUAUUGUGCCAAUAUUGUGACAUAGAAUAAGAAUAUAACAUGACUAAACCAGCAAAGGUACUAUGAAUGUAAUGAAUUAUAAAAAACGCGUACCUAUUCCUGUAAAAUUUAAUAUUUGUACAUACUUAUAAUGUUUCAAACAUCCUAUAUUAAAGGUUUUUGCAAUAAUAUUUAGGACUAUUUCGUGAAUCUUUAAAUAUUCACGUUUUGUUAGUGAACAGGAUAAUAGAACUUGACAAGAAAUUUAACCCUCGACUACAAAAUGGCAAUUGUAAAUACUUCUAUAUUUUAUGAAAGUUACCUUUGUAUAAACUCGGCAAUAAUUUUUGUGAAUAAAAUUAAAACAGAAUAAA